UUAUCAGAAAUUUAACAUUAUACAACUUAAAAACAAGUCUAUUCCCUGUAGACGUUCGUCGUGAACGUUUAUUAUUAAAAUUAGUAUAUUUGAUUAAAACUAUUAUUUUUUUGGAAUCCGUUUUAAAAGUUUACAAUCAUGAGUGUUAAAAAUCAAGUAGCAUUGGUUACAGGAGGUGCUUCUGGAAUCGGAUAUGAAUAUGUAAAGUACUUAUUACAAAACGGCGCCAAGGUAGCGGUUUGUGACAUAAAUGUCCAAUCGUGUGAAGACGUAACUGAAGACUUAACCUUUGAGUAUGGAUACAAAAAUGUUAUAGUCAUUAAAUGUGACGUUACUGAUGAUGUACAAUUCGAAAACGCUUUUAAAACGUGCAUAAAAAAAUACGGAAAAUUAAAUAUCGUUAUCAAUAACGCCGGUGUACUGGACAACUCAUUAGAUAACUGGGCCAAAACCAUUAAUGUUAACUAUGCCGGAGUCGUGAGGGGUACUAUGCUGGCUAUCAAAUACAUGGGCUUACAGAGUGGAGGCUACGGCGGGACCGUAGUCCAAACCGCGUCGGACAUGGCUUUUUCAAACGAUCAGGAAUUUAUCUAUCCGGUGUACAGUUCGACAAAAAAAGCUGUGGUGUCGUUUACAAAAAUCCUCGGGCAUAAACGCAAUUACGAUUUGCACGGCAUUCGGAUGAUGUCCAUUUGUCCGGGUUUCACCAAGACACCGCUGGCCUGUGAAGUGCAAGAAAAACAAUUUUGGCACAAAGAAGUCGCUAAAACAUUCGUUGAGUGGCACAAAAAUUUGCCGAUUCAAGAGCCAGACCAUGUGGGAAAAGCACUUAUCGAAAUCUUAAAAUGUGGCAAAACUGGUGAAUCAUGGUUGGUAGAAAAAAAACAACCGCCUAAACUAAUUGACGAUUAAAAGUAAACUAAAUAUUAUAGUUUUUUUUUUUCAAUGCACGAGUAAUAUAAAUUAAAACCAUACAUUAUAUAUUCAAAUGAAUGUACCUCAGUAUACAUUUUGUUUUUUUUUUUAAAAAUACUUUUAGUUUUUAUAUAUAAUUAAUAGUUGUAUAAUUUUUUUUUAUUGUGGAGAAAUAGACAUAGCAAUGUAUU